GGAAGCUGCGCGAGGCUGGGCGGUCGCCGCCACAUCCUCCUCCUCCUCCCGGGCCGGGCGAGCGGAGCGGGUCCAGGGCUGAGCCGAGGGCUCCAAGGGCGCGGGCGGAGCGGGGCACGGAGCCAUGGCGCACCAGACGGGCAUCCACGCCACCGAGGAGCUGAAGGAAUUCUUCGCCAAGGCUCGGGCCGGCUCUGUCCGGCUCAUCAAAGUCGUCAUUGAGGAUGAGCAGCUCGUGCUGGGUGCCUCGCGGGAGCUGAUGGGCCGCUGGGACCAGGACUACGACAGGGCCGUGCUGCCUCUGCUGGACGCCCAGGAGCCUUGCUAUCUGCUCUACCGCCUGGACUCGCAGAACGCCCAGGGCUUUGAGUGGCUCUUCCUCGCCUGGUCGCCUGACAAUUCUCCCGUGCGGCGGAAGAUGCUGUAUGCAGCCACACGGGCCACAGUGAAGAAGGAGUUUGGGGGCGGCCACAUCAAGGAUGAGCUCUUUGGGACCGUGAAGGACGACCUCUCCUUUGCUGGGUACCAGAAGCACCUGUCGUCCUGUGCGGCGCCCGCCCCGCUGACCUCGGCUGAGAGAGAGCUUCAGCAGAUCCGUAUUAAUGAGGUGAAGACAGAGAUCAGUGUGGAGAGCAAGCACCAGACCCUGCAGGGCCUCACCUUCCCACUGCAGCCUGCAGCUCAGAGGGCGCUACAGCAGCUCAGACAGAAGACCAUCAACUACAUCCAACUGAAGCUGGACCUGGAGCGGGAGACGAUCGAGCUGGUGCACACGGAGCCCACAGAGGUGGCCCAGUUGCCUUCAAGGGUUCCCCGAGAUGCUGCCCGCUACCACUUCUUCCUCUACAAGCAUACCCAUGAGGGUGACCCCCUCGAGUCUGUGGUGUUCAUCUACUCGAUGCCCGGAUACAAGUGCAGCAUCAAGGAGCGCAUGCUCUAUUCCAGCUGCAAGAGUCGCCUCCUCGACUCUGUGGAGCAGGACUUCCAGCUGGAGAUCUCCAAGAAGGGCCCCUGCUGUGGUGCCCUGCACCCCCUGUCUCUCCUGGUGCAGGCCGCCGUGCUGGCCGUGGUCCUGGCCCCGGGCGCCCUGCCUCCCUUCCUGCCCUGUGAGCUCCAGCCCAACGGCCUGGUGGACUGCAACUGGCUGUUCCUCAAGUCUGUGCCCCGCUUCUCGGCGGCAGCGCCCCGCGGGAACAUCACCAGCCUCUCCCUCUACUCCAACCGCAUCCACCACCUCCGCAACUCUGACUUUGUCCACCUGUCCAGCCUGCGGCGUCUCAACCUCAAGUGGAACUGCCCCCCCGCCGGCCUCAGCCCCAUGCACUUCCCCUGCCACAUGACCAUCGAGCCCAAUACCUUCCUGGCCGUGCCCACCCUGGAGGACCUGAACCUGAGCUACAACAGCAUCACCACCGUGCCCGCCCUGCCCAGUUCCCUCGUGUCCCUGUCCCUGAGCCGCACCAACAUCCUGGUGCUGGACCCUGCCCACCUCGCAGGCCUGCACGCCCUGCGCUUCCUCUUCCUGGAUGGCAACUGCUACUACAAGAACCCCUGCCGACGGGCCCUGCAGGUGGCCCCGGGCGCCCUCCUGGGCCUGGGCAACCUCACACACCUGUCGCUCAAGUACAACAACCUGACCGUGGUGCCCCGCCGCCUGCCCCCCAGCCUGGAGUACCUGCUCUUGUCCUACAACCACAUCGUGACCCUGGCCCCCGAUGACCUGGCCAAUCUGACCGCCCUGCGCGUGCUUGACGUGGGCGGGAACUGUCGCCGCUGUGACCACGCCCGCAACCCCUGCAGGGAGUGCCCCCACGGCUUCCCCAAGCUGCACCCUGACACCUUCAGCCACCUGAGCCGCCUCGAAGGCCUGGUGUUGAAGGACAGCUCUCUCCACAGCCUGGACCCCAGGUGGUUCCACGGCCUGGGCAACCUCCUGGUGCUGGACCUGAGCGAAAACUUCCUGUACGGCUGCAUCACCAAAACCACAGCCUUCCACGGCCUGGCCCGGCUGCGCAGACUCAACCUGUCCUUCAAUUACCACAAGAAGGUGUCCUUCGCCCACCUGCGCCUGGCGCCCUCCUUCGGGAGCCUGCUGUCCCUGCGGGAGCUGGACAUGCAUGGCAUCUUCUUCCGCUCGCUCAGCGAGACCACGCUCCGGCCGCUGGCCCACCUGCCCAUGCUCCAGCGUCUGCAUCUGCAGCUGAACUUCAUCAACCAGGCCCAGCUCGGCAUCUUCGGGGCCUUCCCGGGCCUGCGCUACGUGGACCUGUCGGACAACCGCAUUAGCGGAGCUGCGGGGCGGGCGGCGGGGGCCACGGGGGCCACGGGGGAGGCGGGCGGGGCGGAGGAAGUCUGGCGGCCGUCCAGGGACCUGGCUGCGGGCCCACCGGGCACCCCGAGCUCUGAGGACUUCAUGCCAAGCUGCGGGGCCCUCAACUUCACCUUGGACCUGUCGCGGAACAACGUAGUGACGAUCCAGCCGGAGAUGUUCGCCCGGCUCUCGCAGCUGCAGUGCCUGUGCCUGAGCCACAACAGCAUCUCUCAGGCGGUCAACGGCUCACAGUUCGCGCCGCUGAGCAGCCUGCGCGUGCUGGACCUGUCCCACAACAAGCUGGACCUGUACCACGGGCGCUCCUUCACCGAGCUGCCGCGGCUGGAGGCCCUGGACCUCAGCUACAACAGCCAGCCCUUCGGCAUGCGCGGCGUGGGCCACAACCUCAGCUUCGUGGCGCAGCUGCCGGCCCUGCGCUUCCUCAGCCUGGCGCACAACGCCAUCCACAGCCGCGUGUCCCAGCAGCUCCGCAGCGCCUCGCUCUGGGCCCUGGACUUCAGCGGCAAUGCCCUGAGCCAGAUGUGGGCCGAGGGGGACCUCUACCUGCGCUUCUUCCAAGGCCUGAGGAGCCUGGUCCGGCUGGACCUGUCCCAGAAUCGCCUGCACACCCUCCUGCCCCGCAACCUGGACAAGCUCCCCAAGGGCCUACGGCUGCUGCGUCUCCGUGACAACUACCUGGCUUUCUUCAACUGGACCAGCCUGGCCCUCCUCCCCAUGCUGGAGGCCCUGGACCUGGCGGGGAACCAGCUGAAGGCCCUGAGCAACGGUAGCUUGCCGAACGGCACCCGGCUCCAGAGGCUGGACCUCAGCAGCAACAGCAUCGGCUUCGUGGUCCCCGGCUUUUUCGCCCUGGCCACGAGGCUGCGAGAGCUCAACCUCAGCGCCAACGCCCUCAAGACGGUGGAGCCCUCCUGGUUUGGCCCCGUGGCAGGCGCCCUGAAAGUCCUCGACGUGACCGCCAACCCGCUGCACUGCGCCUGUGGGGCGGCCUUCGUGGACUUCUUGCUGGAGGUGCAGGCCGCGGUGCCCGGGCUGCCCAGCCACGUCCGCUGUGGCAGCCCCGGCCAGCUCCAGGGCCGCAGCAUCUUCGAGCAGGACCUGCGCCUCUGCCUGGACGAGGCCCUCUCCUGGGACUGCUUCGGCCUCUCGCUGCUGGCCGUGGCCCUGAGCCUGGCCGUGCCCACGCUGCACCGCCUGUGUGGCUGGGACCUCUGGUACUGCUUCCACCUGUGCCUGGCCUGGCUGCCGCGGCACGGCCGACGGCGGGACGCCGCCGCCCUGCCCUACGAUGCCUUCGUGGUCUUCGACAAGGCGCAGAGCUCGGUGGCCGACUGGGUGUACAACGAGCUGCGGGUGCAGCUGGAGGAGCGCCGCGGGCGCCGGGCGCUGCGCCUGUGCCUGGAGGAACGCGACUGGCUGCCCGGCAGAACGCUCUUCGAGAACCUGUGGGCCUCGGUGUACAGCAGCCGCAAGACGCUGUUCGUGCUGGCCCACACGGACCGCCUGGGCGGCCUCCUGCGCGCCAGCUUCCUGCUGGCCCAGCAGCGCCUGCUGGAGGACCGCAAGGACGUGGUGGUGCUGGUGAUCCUGCGCCCGGAUGCGCACCGCUCCCGCUACGUGCGCCUGCGUCAGCGCCUGUGCCGCCAGAGCGUCCUCCUGUGGCCCCAGCAGCCCCGCGGCCAGCGCGCCUUCUGGGCCCAGCUGGGCACCGCCCUGACCAGGGACAACCGCCACUUCUACAACCAGAACUUCUGCCGCGGCCCCACGACGGCCGAAUAG